AUGACUAACUCUGUAGAUACGCUGCUGAUUCCGGGCCCCAUUAUCCUUAGUGAAACGGUCCAGAAGGCUCUGGACGUGCCCUCCCUAGGCCAUACCUCUCCCGAGUUCGUCUCCAUUUUCGAAAGAGUUUUGAAGAACACCAGAGCCGUGUUCAAUUCCGCUGCUGCCUCCAAGUCUCAGCCCUUUGUGCUUGCCGGCUCUGGUACGCUGGGCUGGGACCUGUUUGCCUCGAACUUCAUUCUUUCUGAGGCGCCCAACAAGAACGUGUUGGUCGUGUCCACUGGGACAUUUUCUGACCGGUUUGCGGAUUGCCUGCGUAGCUACGGUGCCCAAGUAGACGUUGUUGGGCCUCUCAAGAUAGGCGAAUCUCUUCCCUCAGAACUGCUCACUGAGAAGUUGUCAGAGAAGAAGUACGGCGCCGUUACAGUGACUCAUGUUGACACUUCUACGGCGGUGCUGUCCGAUUUGAAGGCCAUUUCGCAGGCCAUCAAGCGCGUUUCGCCGGAAACGUUCUUCGUGGUCGACGCCGUGUGCUCUAUUGGGUGUGAAGAGUUUGAAUUCGACGACUGGGGGGUGGAUUUCGCCUUAACCGCAUCCCAGAAGGCCAUUGGCGCACCAGCAGGCCUCUCCAUCUCGCUGUGUAGCAGCAGGUUUAUGGAGUAUGCGCUUGACGACAGACAGAACGGACAGGUCCGAGGCUAUUUCUCGUCCUUGAGGAGAUGGACCCCAAUAAUGCAAAGCUACGAGGCUGGUAAGGGUGCGUACUUCGCAACGCCACCGGUGCAACUGAUCAAUAGCCUCGACGUCGCUUUGAAAGAGAUCCUUGGCGAGGGGUUGACCAAGAGGUGGGAUUUGCACCGUGAAAUGAGCGACUGGUUCAAAGACAGUCUGGUCAAUGGCUUGCAAUUGACAUCCGUGUCAAAGUACCCUUCAAACAUGUCUGCGCACGGUUUGACCGCCGUGUACGUUGCCGAUCCUCCCAGCGUUAUUGCGUUUCUGAAGUCCCAUGGUGUAGUUAUAGCCGGUGGCAUCCACAAGGACAUCGGGCCCAAGUACAUCCGCAUUGGACACAUGGGUGUAACCGCUUGCAACAAGAACUUACCGUACAUGAAGAACUGCUUCGACUUGAUAAAGUUGGCUCUUCAGAGGAAGAAAUGA